AUGAGGAAUAUCAAAGCACGGUUCCUAAAGCCAAUCCGAUCUGAUCCUAGACAGAGGGAUCUCUGUUUAUGGUGUGAAUACCGUGGGACUCACUGCCAUAGAACUGGGGACUCCCGACAUCUUCAUGAAGAAGUGACAACAUUGUUGAAGAAUGGUCAUCUGAGGGAGUUUUUAAGUAACCGAGCCAAGAACAAUCAAAGCCGGGACAAUGCAGAGCGUUCGAAGGUAGUAGAAGGAUGCCAUAUGCUGACUAUCAACACGAUUUUCAGAGAAAAUGAAGUCUACGUUGUAACUUUUUUAGCAUCAAAGAAAAUGAAGAUAUCAGUGACUUACAACAAGAGACUUUGGGAGGUCGUAGAAGAUGACAUCACUUUCACGGAGGAAGACACUGUUAGACUCCUACCACACAACGACGCUUUGAUAAUCUCUCUCAGUGUUUUAGAUUUCAAAAUUAAAAGUGUUUUGGCUGACCCCGGAAGUUCAGCCAACAUAAUACAAUUGAGAGUUUUGGAGCAAGCAAAACUGAUCGGAAACAUCAUUCCGAUGACAAAACUCUUAGAUGGAUUCAGCUUGACAAGUGUGACAACCCGAGAAGAGAUUUUGCUGCCCACAAACGCCGAAAGAUUGAUCAAAACCACUCUAUUCGAAGUGGUAGAUGGCGAUAUGGGUUACGAUAUAAUCCUCGGAAGGCUGUGGAUGCACUUGAUGAAGGUUGUGCUCUCAACAUAUCACCAGUUGUUAUCGCUACCCAAUGUCGGAAGGAGUUAA